AUGAAGUGUCACUAUGAGAUGCUCUGUGUUCGCAGGGAAUGCACUGAUGAUGAUCUCAAGAAGGCCUAUAGGAAGCUGGCCCUGAGGUGGCACCCAUAUAAGAUCUUAGACAACUCAGAGGAAGCUGCAGAACAGUUUAAAUUAAUCCAAGCAGCCUAUGAUGUGCUUAGCGAUCCUCAGGAAAGAGCCUGGUAUGAUAACCACAGGCAUGCCCUUUUGAAAGGAGGUGUAGAUGGGGAAUACCAGGAUGACAGCUUGGAUCUGCUCCAGUAUUUUAUUGUGACUUGUUACUCUGGAUACCCUACUUUUGGAGAUUCUUAGAGUGAUUAUGAUAUGGUAGUUCACCUGUUUUAUUCCUAUUGGCAAAGUUUUUGUACAGUAAAAAACUUUGCCUUGAAAAAAGAAUAUGAUACAAGACAGGCUUCAAACCGAUGGGAGAAACGUGCUAUGGAAAAGGAAAAUAAGAAAACACGCAAAGUUUGCAAGGAGAGGAGUGAACUGGUCCGCCAGCUUGUUGUGUUUGUUCGAAAAAGGGACAAAAAAGUUCAGGCUCAUAGGAAACUGGUGGAAGAGCAGAAUGCAGAGAAAGCCAAAAAGGUGGAGGAGCUUCACAGGCAACAGAAGUUGAAGCAGUCCAAACUUGCGGAGCAGUACAAGGAGCAGAGCUGGAUGGCUAUGGGUGAGCUAGAGAAGGAGCUGCAGCAGAUGGAAGCUCAGUAUGAAAGAGAAUUUGGGGUCAAGUCUGACAAUGAAGUGGUAGUAACAGAAGAGCAAAAUAGCAAAACAAGUGAUGAAGGAGAAGAGGAAUUGUUUGAUGACCUUUACUGUCCUGCUUGUGACAAAGUGUGCCAGACUGAAAAAGCAAUGAGAAAUCAUGAGAAAUCAAAGAAGCAUCGGGAGAUGGUGGCGCUACUGCGGCAACAGCUGGAAGAGGAGGAUGAAGAAUUCAGUGCUUCACUGACAGAGGAAAACAGUGCCCUGGAGGGAGAAGCCGAAUCUUUAUCAGAAGAUGAACAAAUUGAACAAACAACAAAACCAAAAAUUUAAAAGAAACAAAAAAAGAAGAAACAACAAAAAAUAAGGGAAGAUGUCGCCAUUGUGGUGGAAAACAAUACAGAUGAAACCCAGAAUUUAGAAACAGAUGUAAACAGCACAACAUUAGACCAAACAGAGUAAGAAAACCAGGAAACCAGCUCCAUAUCCUCUAAAACAAAUGAGUAAGAGACUCAAAGAGACGUAAACGCGGCACCAAAACUUAAAGGAAAGAAAGCAAGAGACAUGAAGAAAGCUGCUAAAAAGUCAGAACCCACAGAAGAGCAAGCAGAGAAUGAUGUUUCCCUGUGUUGCAAUACAUGUUCCUCUGAAUUUACUACUCGGAAUAAACUAUUUAACCAUUUGAAGGCAACAGGGCAUGCCCUAGCAAUAAACAACCCUACACUGU